AUGGCCGGUGUACAACUCCAACCGCCUAACAUGACAGACUAUCGAUUGCCGGUCCAUCAUCAGGUACCCUCUCGGAAGCCAAUCCCUUCAAAGCAUUCUGGAUAUCCGUUUCAGGCCUAUGAUAAUGGCUAUCAACAACAACACCAGAACCCACCACAAGAAGAAAUUUCCCCUCAUCCGUCCGCCCCCUCUCUCAUGCACAGCCGGAGUCGCACCUCUUCCUCGAAUGCUUUGCCAUAUGCGACACAACACCAACAAUAUUACCCUAGCGGCUCUUCACCACGACCUAGCAUGACUCUCCCGGCGACUAAUCCCCUCGCGAGACGCUUAUCAAGUGCGACCACGUCCACAACUUCAACAGGCAACCCCAGUAUGAAUGUGGACAUCCGGCGGAGUUCGUCCGCGCGCUCGACUGGCUCGCAGAUGGGCUAUGUGGCUCUGAUGCGAAGGCAAAAGGCGACAGUUUGGUGUGACCGUGCACAACCGGAAGACCCUCGGAUUCGGGCCCAGAAACUGGUGGAUAAGAAGAGAGCGUACCUUCAAGUCCAAGGUGCUGGCGCCGGACGCGCAAGUACGCUGGGCAGCGGGAAAAUCAGGCAUGGAAGUAAGGUUGUGGCAGACUUUUCGCCGUCUGCGCUCGUUGGAGCCACCGUUCCCGUCCGUCUCAGUGCGAACGAGAUCGGGGAUGCAGACGAAGAUGCUCACAGCGAGCGAGGCUUCCCUUACCGCCGAACAGGGAGCGGUCGAAGCUCCGUGGGAAGCAACUACCGCUACCCCGCUGGGUACCAGCGCAACACACAAAGCACCAUGGGCAGCAAUAGCACCCCUCCAAGUGAGAAGACGGAUCUACCGGGUGUGUCUGAGCAUCCGUCCGCGAACAAGUCCGAAGAUCGCCCAGAGACCGGUUCUCUCCAGGAUGAUACUGCUACCACCCACAGUCGUGGUAGCGAACAAGAGGAUACCUUUGGCACAGUUGGCGACAUGGGUGCCCCAAGCGCUGCUACUAUGGCCGCAGAAAAGGCCAAAAAGGCUGCUGAACUUCGACGUCGUGGCAGUGUGGAUGACCGAACGACGUCGAUGACCAAUGUCCGGCUAUUUGUCGCAAACCCCGAUCUAAGCGACUAG